UGGAACCCGAGCAGAGAGCGGAUCCUUGCGCCGAGGAGUGCGGCGAGUGCCCCCCGACGCACCACUCGGAUACUGAAGGGACCUUGGUGAACUCGGGGCUGAGAGGGCAGCCUCCCCGGGCCCCGGCAUGCCGCCCGUCUGACGACCCGACGCCUACCUCUACCUGUCGCCUGUGUCGUCGUCGUCGCGCUGCCGGCGAGAUGGCAAACGGCCGACGUAGCACGUUCUGGAACCAGCUGUCGGCACUUGUGUGGCGGAACUACCUGCUCAAGAAGACCGAAAAGGCCAAGACGUUCUGGGAGGUGAUAAUGCCGCUGUUGAUGGUGGCCUCGCUCAUGAGCAUCCGCAGCGGCCUCAAGCCGAGCUCCAAGCCCGCGCACCGCGGACCUCUGGGCCACGUGCUGCUCGUGACGCCCUCGCACCUGUCCCAGAUCACGACCGAGCUGAUGGCGGCUCCGGCCACGGCCCAGGUGGGCGCCUUCAUGCGCCAGGUCGUCGAGUUCCUCAACAGCAACACGUACAGCAGCGGCUUCAACUUCUCCCUCUACAACAACUCGAGCGACAUGGAGCAGGCGUACCGGUUUAAUGUUACGCACUCGGCAGUUGGCAUCGUCUUUUCGGAUGACCUCGAGAAGUCUGGUUCCUACCAAAUCCGUUUUCCCCUGCGGCAUGUGCCUUCGCCUGACGUGAAGCGAGUUGGAAUAGAGAUGUGCAGAGUGAAGCACUUCAUCUUUUCGUCCGACUCCGUGAUGUGCCCGGCAGCCUCCUAUUAUUCCAGCGGCUUCAGCACCCUCCAAGCUGCGAUCGACUUCUGCUUCAUCAAGCUCUGGACCAAGGCAGACGCGCGGCUGCCGGAGCUAGUGGUGCGGCUCUUGCCCAAGCCUCCGUACGUGGACCCGGGCACCACGUGGAGGUCUCUGGUGCCCCUCUACCUGACGCUGGCCUUCUCGCCCUUCGUGUCCGUGCUCUGCGUCAACAUCGUACUCGAGAAGGAGCGCAAGAUCAAGGAGGGCAUGCUCAUGAUGGGCAUGAUGCCCUCAGCCUACUGGACCGCGUGGUUCCUGGUCGAAGCCGUGGUGGUAGUGAACGUCUGCUUGAUCAUGACGGGGAUGGUGUACGUGCUUCACAUUCUUCCAAACACGGACAUUGUCCUCGUGUUCGUCAUAUCGCUCCUCUACGGCUUCACGGUCGUCAUGUUCAGCUUCAUGGCAACGCCUUUUUUCAGCAAGUCCAAGGUGGCUGGCUCGGUGGUGGGACUGAUGAUGCUGCUCUUCAGCUUCUUCUACAUGCUGUCGGUGUUCCUCAGAGGCAGGGUCUCGACCUGGGUCUUCUACGUGAUCGCCCUGCUCUCGCCGGCAGCAUUCACCCUUGGCAUUGAGCGGAUCAGCCAGAUGGACGUGAUAGGUUCUAUGCGAUUUCGGGAUGUCUUUGAAGACGGCUUCUCCGUGGGGAGCUCUAUGCUGAUGCUCCUCUUUGACAUUUUCCUCUACGGCUUUCUCGCCUACUAUUUCGACGCUAUCAUCCCAGGGGAGUUCGGCCAGAGUCGCAGCCCCUGGUUCAUCUUCAGGUGUUUUGCUCCUUGGAAGGCGAAGGAAGUUCACGACAAAUCCGCCAAGUCCGAGAUUGCUCCGAACGCCGAUGUGGAAGACCGCCCUGCUGAACUUCUCGGGCGAGAAGCCAUCAGAAUACAGGAUCUGCGCAAGGUGUUCCACUCGUGGCGCCAAGAGCCCGUGGUGGCCGUGGACGGCAUCAGCCUGUGCAUGCACGAGGGACAGAUCGCGGCGCUGUUGGGCCACAACGGCGCCGGCAAGAGCACGCUGCUCAACAUGCUGGUGGGCACGCUGAGCCCGUCCCAGGGCACGGCGCGCAUCUACGGCCUGAGCACCGAGGACACCGAGGACGUGGCCCAGAUCCGCUCCAUGCUGGGCGUCUGCCUCCAGGAAGACAUCCUCUUCGACGCGCUCACGGCCAGGCAGCACAUCACGUUCUUCGCCAGGAUGAAGGGCAUCCCCAAGAGCUGCAUCGACGAAGAGGUGGAGAACAUUCUCAGAGAACUGGAUCUUACGGACAAAGCGGACGUGCCGGCGGUUAAACUCAGCGGAGGACAGAAACGAAAGCUUUCUGUGGGAAUUGCGCUGAUAGGCGAUCCUAAGAUAGUGUUUCUCGACGAACCCAGCAGCGGCAUGGAUCCUUACUCCAGGCGUCAUCUUUGGAGUCAACUCCAGAAACGCAAAGAAGGCAAAGUCAUCGUUCUCACCACACACUUCAUGGACGAAGCGGAUAUUCUCGCAGACUGGAAAGCCAUCAUCUGCAAAGGGAAACUACGCUGUGCGGGCACGUCGCUGUUUCUCAAGAAUCGCUUUGGAAUUGGAUACCAUCUGACAAUGGUGAUCGAAAAUGGCUCGGACAAGGCCGCCAUCACCCAGCUGAUACAGCAGUUCGUGCCGAAUAUUACCGUGUAUCGGACGACGAGCACCGAGAUCGCCUUCAUCCUUCCUAUGGACAGUACGUACAACUUCGCCAACCUCUUCGGCGCCAUCGAAUCUGCCGUCAGCGACGAGGCCAUGGGCAUCAAGAGCUACGGGAUCUCGAUGACCACGCUUGAGGAGGUCUUCCUCAAGAUGGGCGAGGUGGAGAAGCCGGAGGAUCUGCAUCUCCGCGACAUUCAUCAACAUUACCAGAAAGAGAUCGAAGAGAUGGAACUCCUUAAGACCACCGGCGAAGCCAUGCCAAUCACGACUGUGGUUCCCAAUGCGUUCCAGUCAUUCGUCGCCUUCUUCAAGGUUCGGAUGCUGCUCUUCCUCCGCGCCCCGAUGCACGUGGUGCCCUUGGUGGUACUGCCCGUCAUCAUGGUGGUACUGAGCUACUCCUUUCUCUCCAAGAGCGAAGUUCCCGUCAACAAGCUUGGCCUGCUCACCCCAGAAUUCUAUCCGGACGGCAACAUUAUCGAAGCCUAUCGGGUACCGAGCUCGGAAGAUAGUCUAAUCGAAAUCUAUGAGAAGGCCAUGGAAACGCUCAACAUGACCGUACGGUGGAACAAUGGCAGCCCUCUUCUCGAAAAUAUUCCUCCUGGAAGUUACUACGCGCAGAUUCCAGACAACCUUGGGGCCGAAAACAAGUACCUGAACCCGCUGGUGAUGCUCAUCAACGACUCGUACGUGCACACGCUGCCCAUCCUGCAGUCGCUCACCUUCAACACGCUGUUCGCGGUCUCCGAGAAGUCGGCGGACGCGCUGAGCCGUCGCCGCGUGCAGCUGUCGUCCUACCCGUGGCCCCAGAGGGGAGUCGAUACGGUUUUCGACCCGCAACUCUACACCUGGACGAUGAUGAUGAGUGUGGUGAUCGCCUACAUGCCGUCGCUCAUCACCGUCGAAGUGGUCGAGGACAGGCAGAACAAGGUGAAGAACCAGUUGCGCGUGUCCGGGCUGCUCUUCUCGGGCUACUGGUUCACGGUUCUGCUGAGUCACGCCAUCCUCUACCUGCUGUCCAUGAUACUCACGGUGGUGGCCCUGGUGGUCAUGGGCGUGCCCUUCCUCACCGAGCCCGUGGCCGUCCUGGCCAUCGUAAUCCUGUUCCUGCUCUACGUGCCGGCGUCUCUGCUCGUCUGCUACGUCCUCACCCACCUCUUCAACAAGCACGAGACCGCCAAGGGAGUGCUGCCCUUCCUCAGCUUGCUGUGCUCCAUGUUCCCGGCCGUGCCUGUCACCAUCCUGGACAUGAUGGGCUCGUCUCGUAGCGCCACUGCCCUUCACACCGCACUCUGUUUACUGGUUCCCUUCUACAUCCCAAACGGAGGCCUCUACUAUAUAAUCAAGACGUCGGUCAUCAUCGACACGAAAGCGUCCAACGGAUAUCCGACGAACCGCUGGAUGUACUUCGAGUGGGAGAGCAACAUCCUCAUCACAUACAUCGCGUGUCUGCUACACAUCGCGUUGCACUACUUCCUGCUGCGCAUCGCCGACAUCGCCAAGGCCGGGGGUCGGGUCGCGGACGCCUUCUGGAUCACGAGGCGCAUCAUCGACAUCACGCCCAACUCCGACCUCCCCGAGAAGGAGGACGACGACGUGAGAAACGAGCGGCGCCGUGUCGCUGACAUGGACGUCAGCCUCAUGCCCAAGCCUCCCGUGGUGUACGUGCACGAGCUGCGCAAGGUGUACGAAGGAGGGAGCCAGUGCCGGCCCCGGCACAGCGUGAAGGUGGCCAUCCACAACCUGUCCCUGGCCAUCGACACGGGAGACAUCUUCGGCCUGCUAGGGCCCAACGGGGCAGGCAAGACGACCACCAUGAAGGUCAUCGUCGGGGAGGAAAGUCCUUCCAGCGGGAGGGUGGCCGUGGGCGGUUUCGAGAUCACGUCCAACAUGUGCCAGGCGUUCAAGAUGCUGGGCUAUUGUCCCCAACACGACGCCCUCUGGAACAACCUCACCCUUCAGGAGCACCUGCAUCUCUUCGGUGCUCUCAGGGGAAUCAAGUCCCAAGAGAUCGGCCCCGCCACUGCGUGGUUAAUGGAGAAGCUGAACAUUCAAGAGCACGCUGCAAAGCGAGCGAAACAACUCUCCGGCGGAACGAAGCGGAAGCUGAGCUACGCCAUCAGCAUGUUGUGCAAGCCACGCGUCGUGCUGCUGGACGAGCCGUCGACAGGCAUGGACCCCCAGUCCAAACGCUUCCUCUGGGAUACCAUAUGCUCGACGUUCCCCCAGGGGGGCGACCGGGGGGCGCUGCUCACCACGCACUCCAUGGAGGAAGCGGACGCCCUCUGCACCAAAGUGGGCAUCAUGGUCCGAGGUGCACUGAGGUGCCUCGGCUCGACCCAGCACCUGAAGAACAGGUACGGAGCCGGAUACACGCUGGACAUUAAGAUGCAGCGGCGAGACGGCGCCUGGGAGAAGAACCUGGGCAACCUGAAGACGUACAUCAAGGACGUCUUCCCGAUGGCCAAGCUCCGGGAGGGAUUCCAAGACAGGCUCACGUACGACAUUCCCCAGGCCGGCGUAACUUCGCUUGCCAACGUGUUCGUGGCCAUGGAUGACGCCAAGGUCAAGUUUUCCAUAGAAGAAUUCAGCUUCAGCCAGACGACCUUGGAACAGGUGUUCCUUGGAUUCGCCAAAGAGCAGGAACUCGGACAAAGCGACGAGGACGGCCACAUACAAGCAUGAGCUCAGUGUCUGUUUUUC